UAGGAAGCAAAGUGCCACUGAGUCAGAGUUUUGUCGGACCAUAGUUUGAUAAUGGUAGCAUUGAGUAUUAUCACGGUCGCAGUCGACAGAUGAUUGUCAUUAAAAUAAAAAAUAGCGGCCGGUAUUGUUGUUGUUAUUAUUAUUUUGUUGUUGCUUGUUGAUAUCACGCGGACGUGGCGCACAAAAAUAACUGUUAAUCAACGCAUUUUUGCAUUGCCAUGGCUGACCUGGACAACAAAGCGGACUCGAUGCCACCAAUUGAUGCCAUGGCUCCGAUUGCUGCGUCGCUUGCAGCUGCUAUUCCGGCGCCAGCUGGCUCCACGUCGGACACCUCCGAGGAGGAAGAGUAUCUGGACAAUAGCAUUGAGUUGCGCGGGUAUUUGAGCAAAUGGACUAACUAUAUCUAUGGCUGGCAGCCGCGCUAUAUAGUUCUCAAGGAUGGCACACUCUCCUACUAUAAAUCCGAAUCGGAAUCGGAUUUGGGUUGUCGUGGCGCCAUCAGUUUGUCCAAGGCUACCAUUAAGGCACAUGAGUCCGAUGAGCUGCGUUUCGAUGUGGUCGUCAAUAAUCUGAAUAAUUGGUGUUUGCGCGCCGAGACCAGUGAGGAUCGCAUGCACUGGGUGGAGGUACUGCAGCUAUAUAAGGAGGGCACUGGCAGCACGGACACAACCUCAUUGAGACGCCAUGGCAGCACCAUGUCACUGCAGUCGAACACCAUAUCGCUGGCCAGCGGCGGCAGUCUCAAGAAGACGCAACGCAAUCUGCGCGAAAAGGUUGGCGAACUGGAGACCUUUAAGGAUAUACUCUUCAUACAGAUUGAGACGCUGCAACGGUACUUUGACGCCUGCUCCGAGCUGAACAAGAGCAAUGCACAGCCCUUGGAUUUGGGCGAUGGCCUGAAGCCCAUCGAUUUUAAGGGUGAAUCGAUCACAUUUCGUGCCACAACCGCUGGUGUGCUGAGCACAUUGCAGCAUUGCCUGGAAAUCAUUGCUGAGAACGAUGAAUCAUGGAAGCGCAGAUUAGAGCGUGAGAUUGAUAAGCGACGUCGCACUGACGAGCAAAAUAGAAAGUUCAAGGAGGAAAUUGAAAAGCUGAAACGUUUAUCAUAUCCAGGCCCAGAUUUUGAGGAGGGUCCACAUUCCACAUUGCCCGAGGAUGAGUUCUUUGAUGCGGUCGAGACGGGCCUGGAGAAAAUCGAGGAGGAUAUGCAGAUCCGCUUCAAGUUGAGACUGCAAUCGCAAAUCUCACAGACGCUGGUAAAUGUGCCGCACGAGGCCGUUGCCGAGGGCGAGGAGGCACGCGAGGAAUUCGGCACAGGGGCCGAGGCCAAAACUCAUGCACUCUGGCCGGAGAUUGAUCGCGUGUGCAAGGAACAGCUGCACUAUGCACGCGAGGGCGUCGGCCAGGAUGGCAAUGGCUGGCAAAUUUUUGCCGAUGAGGGUGAAAUCAAAAUGUACAAACGCGAGGAGGAGGUCAAUGGCAUGGUCAUGGAUCCCCUGAAAGCCUAUCACUCCGUCAAGGGCGUCACAGCGCGCGAAAUGUGCCAUUAUUUUUUUAUGCCCGAGUUCCGCAACGAUUGGGAGACAACGCUGGAGGACUGCACAAUAUUGGAGAAAAUUUCAGCGGACACAUUGCUAUUUCUGCAGACACAUAAACGCAUUUGGCCUGCGAGUCAGCGUGAUGCACAAUUUUGGUCGCAUAUGCGCAAAAUCAAUGAUGGCCUCGAUCCGGACACACGGGACAUGUGGGUGGUGUGCAACAACUCAACGGAGUAUGCCAAACAAGAUUCGAAGAAUGGCAAAUGCGUGCGCAUCUUUCUGACAGUGAUACUCGCCUGCCAAACACUGCUGCCCGAUGAUUAUGUCAAGGGUCAGCCACUGAAUCGCGAUGAUCUAACCUGCAAAGUAACCUACUGCUCUGUGGUAAAUCCUGGGGGCUGGGCUCCGGCGAGCGCCUUACGCGCUGUUUACAAGCGUGAAUAUCCCAAGUUCUUGAAACGCUUCACCGGCUAUGUGAUAGACCAGUGCAAGGAUAAACCGAUUAUGUUCUGAUAUUUGCCAUAAGCAACAAAGCAAUCAAAACCAAUCAAAACAAAAAAAAACAAAAAAAAAAAACAACCAACAAAAAUGUUAAUCGUAAAAGAAUGUUUAUAAUUAGUUUAACGUUUAAUUCGUAAGAUGCCGUUUGACUUACAAAGUGGCUUUUUCACACUUAAAGCCUUUUUUAUACACCAUUUAAACUUAACUGCGAAAGCGCAUCUCCCAAAAAGAAAAACCUCCUUAAUAAUACUACAACUACUCUGUAAAUGUGCUUUAAGUGAAAUGUUAAUAUUUUUUGUUCAUUUUAUAAUCCAAGUAAAAUUGCUGUUUAGCCUUAAGUUAUUGUUAAGUGAAUGAGAAGAAGAGAACACACAAUCAAUGUAUAGCGCUCAGCUUCUUUUUUUUUAGAAUUUCUAUACCGUUGUGUUUAUACAACAUUAAUAAUUAAUGUCUAAUGUCUACAAGCUAUUGUGAAAUGCUUUAAUUGCAAUCAUUGCAAAGAAUUUGAAAUCAGUCUGUAUAUGUUAAUAAGCUCGGUUCCAACGCCUGAAUCUACUUAAUAUGCCUUUGUUUUUUUUUUUUAAUCCGCUAUGUCGAAUGUAAAUAAAUGCGAUCUAUUGUUAUCUUUGAACUGCAACAAAAAAAUA